CUCCUCCCUCCUACUUCCAAAAAAAACCACGUACCACUCACAUAUCUCCUCAUUAGAUAACAACAAAGCAGAGCUAGAGAGAGAGAGAGAGAGAGAGAGAGAGAGAGAGAGAGAGAGAGAGAGCCUGGCCAUGGAAGGAGGAGAGGUUGAUGGAAAAGGUAAAGGAGAUCAAGACAACCAAAAAGUUGCCUUCUAUAAGCUCUUCAUGUUUGCAAAUCGAUUGGACAUUGUUUUGAUGAUAGUGGGGUCGAUAUGUGCCGUAGGCAAUGGACUCUCACAGCCUGUCAUGGCGCUUGUCUUUGGCAAUCUCAUCAACACCUUUGGUGCCACAGAUCCUGCCGAUAUCGUCCCCAUGGUUUCUAAGGUGUCACUAAAGUUUGUGUAUUUGGCUAUUGGCACUGGCAUUGCAGCAUUUAUACAGGUUGCAUGUUGGAUGGUGACAGGAGAAAGACAAGCAGCUCGAAUUCGAGGCUUGUACUUGAAAACAAUACUAAGGCAGGACAUUGCCUUCUUUGACACUGAAACUAACACUGGAGAGAUCAUUGGGAGGAUGUCAGGGGACACCAUUCUCAUUCAAGAUGCAAUGGGGGAAAAGGUGGGGAAGUUCAUACAACUUCUUUCAACUUUUAUUGGUGGCUUUGUGAUUGCUUCUGUCAGAGGGUGGCAGCUCACCCUUGUCUUGCUGUCCUGCAUCCCUGCAAUUGUCCUUGCAGGUGGAGCUAUGUCAAUGAUCGUUUCGAAAAUGUCAACCCGCGGACAGUGUGCUUAUGCAGAAGCUGGCAAUGUAGUAGAACAAACAGUUGGAUCCAUUAGAACAGUUGCAUCUUUCACCGGGGAGAAGAGAGCAAUAGACAAAUACAACCAGAAGAUAAAAAUUGCCUACAAUACCAUGGUUCAACAAGGGUUAGCCACAGGAAUUGGACUUGGAACAUUAAUGCUUAUUAUCUUUUGCACUUAUGGGCUUGCCAUAUGGUAUGGAUCCAAAAUGAUCAUAAAAAAUGGAUACAAUGGAGGCCAAGUCAUCAAUGUUAUAUUUGCAAUCAUGACCGGUGGAAUAUCUCUGGGUCAGACAUCACCAUCUUUGAAUGCAUUUGCAUCAGGGAAAGCUGCUGCAUAUAAAAUGCUCGAGACCAUCAAACGUACUCCAAAGAUCGAUCCCUAUGAUACUAGUGGAAUUGUAUUGGAAGAUAUUAAAGGUGAGGUUGAACUCAAAGACGUGGAUUUCAGGUACCCUGCCAGGCCAGAUGUGCAGAUCUUUGCUGGGUUCACAUUGCAUGUUCCAAGUGGAACAACCACUGCUUUGGUUGGGCAGAGUGGAAGUGGGAAGUCAACAGUAAUCGGCCUAGUAGAAAGGUUUUAUGAUCCAGAAGCUGGUCAAGUACUUAUAGAUGGUGUGGACUUGAAGAAGUUGCAGCUUAAAUCGAUACGGGAGAAGAUUGGGCUGGUUAGUCAGGAACCUAAUCUCUUUACAACAACUAUAAGGGAGAACAUAGCAUAUGGGAAGGAGAAUGCAACUGAGGAGGAGAUCAGAAGAGCAACUGAGCUUGCAAAUGCAGCAAGGUUCAUUGAUAAGCUUCCCCAGGGUCUUGACACGAUGGUAGGUGAGCAUGGAACAUCUCUAUCCGGUGGGCAAAAACAAAGAAUUGCAAUUGCAAGAGCCAUUUUAAAGAACCCAAGAAUACUUCUGCUUGAUGAAGCAACAAGCGCCCUGGAUGCUGAAUCCGAAAAGAUUGUUCAAGAUGCACUGGUGAACUUGAUGUUAAAUAGGACAACCAUAGUUGUUGCACAUCGUUUGACAACUAUUAGGAAUGCUGAUUCCAUAGCAGUGGUGCAUAGAGGGAAAAUUGUGGAAAAAGGGACUCAUGAAGAGUUGACCAAAGAUCCAGAAGGGGCUUACAGCCAACUCAUUCGCCUGCAAGAAGGAGCUCAUGUGGAAAAUGAUGCACAAACCUCUGAUAUGGACGAAAUCAUUACCAGUUUAGAUAUAGAUAGGACUAUGCUCAGUUCUGGGAGCCGGAGAUCAUCAAUGGGGAGAUCUUUAAGCAGAGGUUCCUCAGGUAGCCGCCGUUCUUUCACUAUUGGCUUUGGUAUUCCUGGUCCACAUAAUAUCCAAGAGGCUGAAGUAGGAGAUGAGGAGAAUCAUGAAAGAACUAAGGCUGAUCUUGAAAAGCGUAAAAUAGUUUCCAUAAGAAGGCUGGCCACCCUGAACAAACCUGAGGUUCCAGUUUUGCUGCUUGGAGCCAUUGCUGCAGCAGGGCAUGGAGUACUUUUCCCUGUCUUUGGCUUACUACUUUCUAAAGCCAUUAAGAUGUUCUACGAACCCCAUAAUGAGCUACGCAUGGACUCCAAAAAGUGGGCAGGAGUGUAUGUAGGUAUGGGUUGCCUUUCUCUGGUUGUGAUUCCGGUGCAGAAUUUCUUCUUCGGAGUUGCAGGUGGGAAAUUGAUAGAGCGGAUUCGUUCCUUGACAUUCGAGAAGGUUGUGUACCAGCAAAUCAGUUGGUUUGACGACCCUGCAAAUUCAAGUGGUGCCAUUGGUGCAAGGUUAUCUUCUGAUGCUUCAACUCUCAAGAGUCUUGUUGGUGAUGCCUUAGCCUUGCUUGCACAGAAUGUAGCAACAAUCUUAGCAGGGUUGAUUAUAGGUUUCACAGCUAACUGGAAACUGGCGCUUAUAGUUUUAGCUGUGUCUCCAUUGUUGAUUUUGCAAGGAACACUUCAGACCAAAUUUCUUAAAGGGUUCAGUGCAGAUGCCAAGCUUAUGUAUGAAGAAGCCAGUCAAGUAGCAAACGACGCAAUCAGUAGCAUCCGAACUGUUGCAUCAUUUUGUUCUGAGAAGAAGGUGAUGGAUGCAUACCAGAAGAAGUGUGAUGCUCCCAUGAAACAAGGAGUACGGUUAGGAGUAGUAAGUGGUGCAGGUUUUGGAUUUUCGUUUUUCUCAAUGUUCUGCACAAAUGCGUUAGUUUUCUACGUUGGAGCUGUUCUUGUGAAACAUGGCCAAGCUACAUUUGAACAAGUAUUCAAGGUUUUUUUUGCUCUAACAAUCUCAGCAAUGGGGGUUUCACAAGCUACUGGCAUGGCUCCUGACUCCAGCAAAGCCAAGGACUCAGCUGCUUCAAUAUUUCAAAUUCUAGACAGCAAGCCUAAGAUUGACUCAAGUAGCGAUACGGGCAUCACACUAUCGACCUUAGUUGGAGAAAUCGAGCUUCAACAUGUCAGCUUUAAGUAUCCUACACGUCCAGAUGUGCAGAUAUUUAGAGACAUUUGUUUGAAAAUGCCCUCCGGAAAGACAGUUGCUUUGGUUGGGGAGAGUGGCAGUGGGAAGUCAACAGUAAUAGGCCUCAUAGAGAGAUUCUACGAUCCUGAUUCAGGUCAUGUACUAUUAGAUGGAAUGGACAUCCAAAAGUUCAAGCUGAACUGGCUGAGGCAGCAGAUUGGGUUGGUUGGUCAAGAACCAGUUCUCUUCAACGAAUCCAUUCGUGACAACAUCGCUUAUGGCAAGCAAGGAGAUGUUACUGAGGAAGAGAUCAUAGUAGCCACCAAAGCAGCAAACGCACAUGACUUCAUAUCUUCAUUACCUCAAGGCUUUGACACCUCAGUAGGCGAACGAGGGGUUCAGUUAUCAGGAGGGCAGAAGCAAAGAAUCGCCAUUGCAAGGGCCAUACUCAAGGACCCCAAAAUCCUUUUACUUGAUGAAGCUACAAGCGCACUGGAUGCAGAGUCCGAACGCAUAGUACAAGAUGCAUUGGACAGUGUUAUGGUGAACAGAACAACCGUUGUUGUUGCACACCGCCUCACCACGAUAAAAGGAGCAGACAUAAUUGCAGUGGUGAAGAAUGGUGUGAUUGCAGAAAAGGGAAGCCACGAAUUUCUAAUGAAGAUCACUGAUGGUGCUUAUGCAUCUUUGGUGGCACUUCAUUCCCGCUCAAGUACAUAACCAGAACUUGAGUAAAAUCCUAGCUAGUGUUACAGACUCUGGCACACAUUCAAUGGAUGUGUGAUUAGAGAAAGUGUUAGUUUAAGAUGUUUUUGUUUUGUUUGGACGGACAUGGGUGUAGUACUCGUAGAACUACUUGUUAUUUGAAAGGGAUGUGAUUUCCUCAAUCCCUUUUACUUUUUAAUACUUUUUAAUCAAUUUUGUUAUUUCUUUUUC